AUGGCAUCAAUGUCAUGGGUGUUGAGGCUACCGUUUGUAAUUAUCCUGACGGUCUUAUUUGCAUACUCAAUUCGAGGGCAGCGUGGAACCCAGAGUGGUUUACGACGGCUUUUAGAGAGCCUACAAACGUCAGCCUCACCAGCGGUGUUUUCAUCUACAACAGACUGUACGAAAUGGCUGCGACAAAACCCUGCAAGUAUUGUUUAUAACUAUGGUGUGAAUGACACCUUAUCUGGCGCCGGCGCUCUUAGGGACUGCCUCCUACGAGAUGAAGCAACACAAGCGAGACAGAAGAUCCAAGAGAUUCUGAUAGCUCUUCCACUGUUUAGCCAGCCAGGCGCGGAGCAACAGCCCUUACAGGAGCUUCUUCAGAUUCUGCCAAACUUGGAGUCCCUCAGGUGUAAUGGACAUUAUCACGCGUGCAGAUCUCUUAAUCGUCAGCUUUCCAAAAAUAACAACAGUUGGUCUACAUAUUUUAGCUACGACAUGGGAAACAAAGUAAUUCCAUUUAUUGAAUGCAGCUCUAACUCCCUAGUGUAUGAUGGUGGAGAGAGUGACGAGAGACUCGAUCAGCUCUACCACGCUCUCGUCGCGUGUCCGAAUAUACAGUCACUAAGCCUUUCUCUCAGUCAAGGCAGCUGUAUAAUUGGGGACACACGCCGAUCAUUCAGCUGGAAAAAGGGUGACCGUUUUCCCGCCCUCGAGAAUUUGACUUUAUCUGGCUAUGACUGGGAUUUCAGGGUCAAUAGUCGUGAACCAUCAAACGCUGAGCAUUGGAAAGCAUCCAUGGACUGGAGUAAACUGAAACGAUUGGAUUUCAGUCUCCCAUCGAAUUCAUUUCUUGAAACCUUCCGCGAUGAACUAGGCGGUCUUGAGUCCCUUGUCCUACGCCAUAGAUUGGGAUUUUGGGGUGACGAAGAGACGUUGUGUGCCUUUGAUGCAACUGCCGAAGAACUGCGACAAAAUUAUACCUCCUUUAUUGCCGCACUCCUGCCGUUGCACGAACUGAGCAUCAGUGGCGUCGGUCAACCGCUCAACAUGACACCCAUCUUGGAGACCCACGGCGCUAGUCUAGAAAAACUAAAUAUUCACGAGUUUGAACAUGACUGCAGAUAUGCAACUGGAAACGCUACCUGGGUACGACCAGUUCUGGGUGUAUCAGAGGUAGAGGAAAUCAUUGUCUCGGCUCCAAAUCUCAAAGAGCUUACACUGGAUGUAUACCGAAGCUCCAAUAAAUGGCCGAAUUCUAUGCUCAAGGCACUUUCCAAGUUUCCUCAUCUUGCCCGACUCACUAUAUACUUUGACCUAGAGGACCCAGGCAGGACCAGAUAUGCAGAGCGAUGUCUUGUGAACGAAUGGGUUCAUGGUCAAUACUGCACCAUUCACGAGCUUAUGGAACCACAGCUGAAUCACACAACAGCAAGCGAGAUAUUCCACACCAUACGGCAAUAUCAGGCUGGCACCAAACUUCAAAACGUUACAUUUUUUGCUGGUAACUUUGGGAGGCAAGAAGGAGGCGGCUUAAGAAUUGACCCUCACUAUGAGUGGAACAAGCCAGCAAGGUAUGACUGUUGGAUGGAAGAGGAUAUCAUCAAAUGUACAGGUCAACACGACAUUGAUUUGGAUGACGAGGACUUUCUUCUCUAA